AUGGAGCUUGAGCCCAGCAUGGCUACCAGCGGCCCCGCUAGUGACACUGAGGGUGGGAUCUCAGAGCAGGAGGAAGAGGAGGCUGCAGGGGGGGCGUCCGUGGGAGAAGAGGCUCCGAGCGUCCCCAGAAGGGCCCAGGCAGAGGGCCCCAUGGAGGUCACACUGCACCCUCUGAACAGCAGGUGGGCUCUCUGGUUCUUCAAGAAUGACCGCAGCCGGGCCUGGCGGGACAACCUGCAGCUGGUCACCACGUUUGACACUGUGGAGGACUUCUGGGCGUUGUACAACCACAUCCAGCUGCCCAGCAAGCUCUCUUCCGGCUGCGACUAUGCUGUGUUCAAGGAUGGCAUCCAACCCAUGUGGGAGGACAGCAGGAACAAGAAGGGGGGCCGCUGGCUGGUCAGCUUCAGCAGGCAGGGGCGCUACAGUGAGCUGGACCGGUUGUGGCUGGAGACGCUGCUGUGUCUGAUCGGGGAGAGCUUUGAGGAGCAAAGCAGGGCGGUGUGCGGUGCUGUUGUCAACAUCCGCACCAAGCGGGACAAGAUCGCUUUGUGGAUGAGGGAGAUGGAGAGCCAGGCGGCCGUGCUGCACAUCGGGCGUGUAUAUAAGGAGUGCCUGGACCUCCCCACAAAGACCAUUGGGUACCAGGUCCACGCGGACGCGGCCACCAGGAGCAACUCCCCAGUCAAGCACAAGUUUGUGUUGUGA